UCGGCCUCCCAAAGUGCUGGGAUUACAGGCUUGAGCCACCGCGCCCGGCCAACAUACACUUUUUAAAAGGAGGCUCCGGGCUGUUCAUGAGGACCAAGCGUGGAAAUAAGUCUAGAGAAAAGGCUGCCACAGUUAUCCCAUGACAGGUGAUGACAUUCUGGAUGGAGAGAAGUCGUGCGCCCUGGCAGUAACUAUUUCGGGAGCCAACUAGAGGAGCCGGGACGCGAAAAAUAGAGGAACCAGGAAGCCAUAAGGAGGAGGAGCAGCCGCAGGAAUUGCUGGUGGGGUCGGGGUUGCCCCCAUCCCUGUGCAGGCUGACUUGGCGUCCGAGGACAGAGUCCAGGCCACAAGAAUCGGGAGAGACUCGUGGGUCACAGCCUGAGAAAGCUCUGGGAAUCCAGAUACUGUAGCAAUUGGCAGCGGCUUAGGCGAGGCGGGCUGUAGACCCGCCCGGAUUUAGGCGAGAGCUACCUCCAGGGGCGGGCCCAGGCCGCAAUGCGCAGGCGCGGCGAAUCCGUUUCCAUGGCUGCGAGAACCCACGCUCCCCAACCGCUCAGUAACUGUCCGGUCCCAGACUUUGGCACCGUCAGGCAUCGUCCCCGUGUGUUAGCAUCCCCACCCCGACUGCUGCCCAGGGUCCGCCGGACCCCGGCCUCGACAUGGGAGACCUGGAGCUGCUGCUGCCCGGGGAAGCUGACGUGCUGGUGCGGGGUCUGCGCAGCUUCCCGCUACGCGAGAUGGGCUCCGAAGGGUGGAACCAGCAGCAUGAGAACGUGGAGAAGCUGAACAUGCAAGCCAUACUCAAUGCCACAGUCAGCCAGGGCGAGCCCAUUCAGGAGCUGCUGGUCACCCAUGGGAAGAUCCCAACACUGGUGGAGGAGCUGAUCGCAGUGGAGAUGUGGAAGCAGAAGGUGUUCCCCGUGCUCUGCAGGGUGGAGGACUUCAAGCCUCAGAACACCUUCCCCAUCUACAUGGUGGUACACCAUGAGGCCUCCAUCAUCAACCUCUUGGAGACAGUGUUCUUCCACAAGGAGGUGUGUGAGUCAGCAGAAGACACUGUCUUGGACUUGGUAGACUAUUGCCACCGCAAACUGACUCUGCUGGUGGCCCGGAGUGGCUGUGGUGGCCCCCCUGAGGAGGAGGGGUCCCAGGACAACAACCCCAUGCAGGCGCUGCAGAAGCAGGCAGAGUUGAUGGAAUUUGAGAUUGCUCUGAAGGCCCUCUCAGUACUGCGCUACAUCACAGACUGCGUGGACAGCCUCUCCCUCAGCACCUUGAGCCGCAUGCUCAGCACACACAACCUGCCCUGCCUCCUGGUGGAACUGCUGGAGCAUAGUCCCUGGAGCCGAUGGGAAGGAGGCAAGCUGCAGCAGUUCGAGGGCAGCCGUUGGUAUACUGUGGCCCCCUCAGAGCAGCAAAAGCUGAGCAAGUUGGAUGGGCAAGUGUGGAUCGCCCUGUACAACCUGCUACUAAGCCCCGAGGCCCAGGCGCGCUACUGCCUCACAAGUUUUGCCAAGGGACACCUACUCAAGCUUCGGGCCUUCCUCACAGACACGCUACUGGACCAGCUGCCCAACCUGGCCCACCUGCAGAGUUUCCUGGCCCACCUGGCCCUGGCUGAAACCCAGCCCCCUAAGAAGGACCUGGUGUUGGAACAGAUCCCAGAAAUCUGGGAGCGGCUAGAGCGAGAGAACAGAGGCAAGUGGCAGGCAAUUGCCAAGCACCAGCUCCGGCACGUGUUCAGCCCCUCAGAGCAAGACCUGCGGCUGCAGGCGCAAAGGUGGGCUGAGACCUACAGGCUGGAUGUGCUAGAGGCAGUAGCUCCAGAGCGGCCCCGCUGUGCCUACUGCAGUGCAGAGGCUUCCAAGCGCUGCUCGAGAUGCCAGAAUGAGUGGUAUUGCCGCAGGGAGUGCCAAGUCAAGCACUGGGAAAAGCAUGGAAAGACUUGUGUCCUGGCAGCCCAGGGUGACAGAGCCAAAUGAGGGCUGUCGUUGCUGAGGGCCGACCAACCCAUGUCAAGGGAAUCCAGCCAGAACGCACCCCUGAAUCUCAAGAUCACGGGCCAGCCUCUGCCAAAGCCCCAGUCUCCGUGGUGGAGAGCAAAGCAGGCGGUAAAGCUGCUGACCCAUCCCCCUCCUCCCCUCCCCAAGGGACGGCGCGAGACUUCCUGCCCCACCCUGUGGGCAGGCCAAGUGCGUUGCCUCAGCAAACCGGGCCGGGAGGGCAAGGGCCGGAUGUGGGGACCCUCUUCCUCUAGCACGGUAAAGCUGGCCUCCAGAAACA